UCAUCAGUUCACAUCGAUCGUUCUAAGUAUUCUCAACUUACUAUUAUUGUACACUAUUCAUCGUGUAUCGUUCAGGAAUCAACUAUAAAAGUAUUGUAAACAUCGUAAAAACAAGAUGGUGAAGAUUAUGUUACAAAUCGCUGUACUUGUAUUGACCACUUUAGUUGCCAUUACUUUUGCUGAACAUGACGCUACAUCUUACGCGUUUUACCAUCCAAAAUUCGAAAACACUCAUCACGACGGACACGACCAUUACGCACCGCCUCAUUAUUCGUACAAGUACGGUGUCAAAGACCCGCACACCGGCGACCACAAACACCAGUCGGAGCACCGCGAAGGUGACGUGGUGCACGGUGAGUACAGCGUGGUGGAACCAGAUGGUCGAGUCCGCAAGGUGACUUACACGGCGGACAAGCACAACGGAUUCAACGCGCACGUCCACCAUGUCCACCACGCCCACCACCCGCAACACUACGGACACCACGAAGAGGAAUUUUGGUAUAAGAACAUCAAGAACUCAUUAUCGAUGGCUUAUAUGUUACAGAUUGCUGUGAUCGCCCUGAGCGCGCUGAUGACAUUGACGACGGCCGUACACCACGAUGCCACAUCGUACGCUUAUUACCACCCGAUAUUCCAUCACACCCAACACCACGGACACGACUAUUACUCUCCGCCCAAGUACACGUUCAAGUACGGCGUCAAAGACCCACACACGAAGGACGACAAACACCAGUGGGAGGAACGGGACGGGGACGUAGUGCACGGCGGCUAUAGCCUGGUCGAACCCGACGGUCGUAUCCGAAAAGUGACGUAUACGGCUGAUAAGCACAACGGGUUCAACGCGCACGUCCACUACGAAAACCACGCUCAUCACCCCCAAGUCCAUCACCACCAUGGUCAUCACCAUCACCGCCAUCACCGUCGUGGCGGACGUCAACAGUUUUGAGCGAUCUGCGUGCAAGAUUGCGUAACGGGACUCACCCGUCAUCUAAGCCCUAAUCGAAAUUUGUUGUUAUCGUUAACUAGUAUUUUAUAAUAUUAAAAUUA